UGACCCGGCUCGCCCCGGAAGUGCAAGCCCGGAAUUCUCGCCGGUGUGUGUACCUCUGGUUUAAGUGGAUGCUUUCGAGAUGCCGGGAGCCGCGGCAAAGGGCUCGGAGUUGUCCGAGAGGAUCGAGAGCUUCGUGGAGACCUUGAAGCGAGGCGGCGGGCGUCGCAGCUCCGAGGACAUGGCUCGGGAGACCCUGGGGCUGCUGCGCCGGAUCAUCUCAGAUCACCGCUGGAGCAACGCAGGGGAGCUGAUGGAGCUGAUCCGCACGGAGGGCAGGAGGAUGACAGCUGCGCAGCCCUCAGAGACCACCGUGGGCAACAUGGUGCGGAGAGUGCUCAAGAUCAUCCGGGAGGAGUAUGGCAGACUCCAUGGGCGAAGCGACGAGAGCGAUCAGCAGGAGUCCCUGCACAAACUCUUGACAUCUGGAGGCCAGAGCGAGGAUUUCAGCCUCCAUUAUGCCCAACUCCAGUCCAACAUCAUCGAGGCGAUUAAUGAGCUGCUAGUGGAGCUGGAAGGGACGACGGAGAACAUUGCAGCUCAGGCUCUGGAGCAUAUCCAUUCCAACGAGGUGAUCAUGACCAUUGGCUUCUCUCGAACAGUUGAGGCCUUCCUCAAAGAGGCUGCCCGAAAGAGGAAAUUCCAUGUCAUUGUGGCAGAGUGUGCACCUUUCUGCCAGGGUCAUGAGAUGGCUGUCAAUUUGUCCAAAGCAAACAUCGAGACAACUGUGAUGACUGAUGCUGCCAUUUUUGCUGUUAUGUCAAGAGUGAACAAGGUAAUCAUUGGCACAAAGACCAUCCUGGCCAAUGGGGCCCUGAGAGCUGUGACAGGAACCCACACUCUGGCACUGGCAGCAAAACACCAUUCCACCCCCCUCAUUGUGUGCGCACCUAUGUUCAAGCUCUCCCCGCAGUUCCCUAAUGAAGAAGAUUCAUUUCACAAGUUUGUAGCUCCCGAAGAAGUUCUGCCUUUCACAGAAGGGGACAUUCUGGAGAAGGUCAGCGUUCAUUGCCCCGUGUUUGACUACGUGCCCCCAGAGCUCAUCACCCUCUUUAUCUCCAACAUUGGUGGGAAUGCACCUUCGUACAUCUACCGCCUGAUGAGCGAACUCUACCAUCCUGACGACCACGUCCUGGCAGUUGGCCUCCAAGCAGCUUCGGAAAUAGGCAGAAGCCUUGAGGCCAUGCCCGCUCCCCCUCCUGCCCCCCCCUCACUGCUCUCCGCACUGGGCCUGGAGGCAGAGCUCCUGACAGCCUUGCAAAGCCCCUGA